UAAUUUCUCUCUUGAAAAACACUCUCACUCUCUCACUCUCGGCUCUCCCUCUCUCACAUAUAUAUCAUCUGCCGAUUUGGGCAGAAUUGGGGCAUGUCAUUUUAUCCAUUUCAAAGGGGUAUUUGAUUUUAUAUAUUAACAUACAUAGAUUGUAGUGUUAAUUUUGGGGUAAAAGAACCGUAUAUAUAAGGGUGUUUAGAGGAUCGAGUUUAAAUCAAGAAGGUGCUAAGGAUCGAGAUCGGAACUUUAGGUGUCUCCCCGAAUAGAGAGAUUCUAUUUUGAAUCUAAUUGCAUCUUCCAUAAGGAAAUCUUCAACGGUAAGGAUAAUUCGUCGAUGGAUCAAUCCGGUGCAGAAGCUGGAGAUGGUUUUGGUUGACGAGAAGAAGCACCGAGGUGCAGGCUGGUGUCCCUUUCAGUGGUGAUCCAUAUGCCUUUUCAUUCUUGCCUUUCGAUGAGAUUACUGUUAAAAAAGCUAGAGAUGACGACACAUUGAAUAUUGAUGUGAUUGGUUGUGUCACUUGGUGUGGAAAUCUAGAGUUGUUCAAAUCACAAAAAGGGGAAUGGAAGAAGUUUAUGCUGGAACUCAAAGAUUUGGAGGGUAACACACAACGCUGCACUUUGUGGAAUGACUAUGCAGUUCAAUUUAAUGACUAUGUGGAGAAGAACAAAUCUGGAGAGCAUGUUAUCACCAUCAUGCAACAUGUCAUCCUUAACGAAUUUAGGGAAAAUGUGACAGUUCAAUCUAAUAAGUUUGGAACACGAAUCUUCAUAAAUGAAGAUAUCCAACAAGCUCAUGAUUUUAGGAAGAGGUUGAUAGUGCAAGAAGGAGCUACUCAAACAUCUAAUGCAUCUCUGUCAACUCAGACUUUGUACCCUAAUCGACUAGAAUUUUUGCUAAACAGUGAAAAAAAACACUUGGAUGAAGUUAGAGAGGCUGAACAGGUUGGGGAGUGUGGUGUUGUUGCUACAAUAGCAAUGCUUGAAAAGGAGUUUGGAUGGUUCUUUAUUGGUUGCCAAAAAUGUCUGAAGAAAGUUGUGAGUAAAAGUGAAUACUUGCAGGUUGCUCCUGAAGAAGAUGUGACUGAGGAGCUUAUGAAUUCUCCCGCUGAUAGUAUAUGGUGUCGAAAAGAGAAAAAAAUGGCCACACAAGUUGGUCCAAGGUUCAGGGUUACCAUGAGAGUACAAGACAACACCGGCAGUGCAUCGUUUGUGAUGUGGGAUCGAGAUGUCCAAAAGCUUCUAGGCUUAAAUGCGGCUGAUAUCCGUCAAAGACAAGUGAACAACAAUGAAGAGGACAACUACCCUCAUGAGCUUGAUGGGCUACUUAACCAGAAAGUAGCUUUUAAGAUCAAAAUAGACGACUACAAUGUCAAACACAAGGAUGGGGCUUAUACUAUUAAUAAAAUUUGUGAUGAUCCGGAUAUCAUUGCUGAGUUAAUCUCCCAAGAUGCCAACAAUGAGGUGAUACAAGAUACAACAAUGCAAGCGGUGAUACAAGAGGCGAUACAAGAGGGUACAAUUCCAGAGGUGUCAACUGUGAAACUCGGUGAUGAGUCACUGUCUGGUCUGGAUUCGAAGGAUGCAUUCUCGGUUACCGGCGAUUCUUUAGCUGCAGAGAUUGAGAAAGACUCUGAAACUAAUUACUUGAUGAAAAGUUUGUACCCUUGAUGAAAAGUGUAAUCUUUUGCAACAACUGACUGUUAACAGCGGAAUCACCAGCAUGCAUCAUCCUACGAUA